CUGGGCAUGCAGGAGCUGUUCCGGGGCCACAGCAAGACGCGCGAGUUCCCGGCGCACAGCGCGAAGGUGCACUCGGUGGCCUGGAGCUGCGACGGGCGGCGUCUGGCCUCUGGGUCCUUUGACAAGACGGCUAGCGUCUUCCUGCUGGAGAAGGACCGGUUGGUCAAAGAAAACAAUUACCGCGGACACGGCGACAGCGUGGACCAGCUGUGUUGGCACCCAAGUAACCCUGACCUGUUCGUCACAGCGUCUGGAGACAAAACCAUUCGCAUCUGGGAUGUGAGGACUACCAAGUGCAUCGCUACUGUGAACACUAAAGGGGAGAACAUUAAUAUAUGUUGGAGUCCCGAUGGGCAGACCAUAGCCGUAGGCAACAAGGACGAUGUCGUGACAUUUAUUGAUGCCAAGACACAUCGUUCGAAAGCAGAGGAGCAGUUCAAGUUUGAGGUCAAUGAAAUCUCCUGGAACAAUGACAAUAACAUGUUCUUCCUGACAAAUGGCAACGGUUGCAUCAACAUCCUCAGCUACCCAGAGCUGAAGCCUGUGCAGUCCAUCAAUGCGCACCCUUCUAACUGCAUCUGCAUCAAGUUUGACCCCACGGGGAAGUACUUUGCCACAGGAAGUGCGGAUGCUUUGGUCAGCCUCUGGGAUGUGGAUGAGUUAGUGUGUGUUCGGUGCUUUUCCAGGCUGGAUUGGCCUGUGAGGACCCUCAGUUUCAGCCACGAUGGGAAAAUGCUGGCUUCAGCAUCAGAAGAUCAUUUUAUUGACAUUGCUGAAGUAGAGACAGGAGACAAGCUAUGGGAGGUGCAGUGUGAGUCUCCGACCUUCACUGUGGCUUGGCACCCCAAAAGGCCUCUGCUGGCAUUUGCCUGUGAUGACAAAGAUGGCAAAUAUGACAGCAGUCGGGAAGCAGGGACUGUGAAGCUAUUUGGGCUUCCCAAUGACUCCUGAUUAGGAGGACCUGGCGUGGGGGACAGUGAACUAAAAUUAGUUUGGUCUGUCUCUCCGAGUUGGUGUGCACCUAUAGUAUUUGUACAUUGCUAUAAUUAUAAAAGUCUUUUUUUCAGGCUGCCCAUUCCAGUUGCCUUCUUGUUGGUCAUGUUAGCAGUUCCUUUUCCUUCUCUCCUGCGUGAGGGCUCUGCAGUGUGGGUGAUGACACCAGCAUACCUUGUCCUCUGGGGAUCGCCUGUCCUGCUUUUGGGUACAGGGUGACUUCAUUGGACUUGCUUCUGCUUGGACACUACCUAGUUUGGAGGGUGGGUGGGAAAGGGUGAGGUGGGGGUCCUAGCCAGAUAGCUCAGUUGCUUAGAGCGCCGUGCUGUCCCAAUACGCCAGGUUUGAUCUCCGUUCAGGGCACAUACAAGAAGCAACCAAUAAAUGCAUAAAUAAGUGGAACAACAAA